AUGACCAAACCAGCUAUCGUCAUUGUGCCUGGCGCAUGGCACAGACCUCAGCACUAUCACUAUGUCAUCGAUGGACUCAAGAAGCUGGGAUAUGAAGUGGAAGGCGUGGACCUUCCUUCUAUCGACUCGAGUCCGCCCCAUUCGACCUGGGAGAAGGAUGCCGAAGAAGCCCGUCGUGUCAUCUUGAAGUAUCUUGAUGCUGGCAAGGACGUCAUUACGGUCGCUCAUUCAUUUGGCGGGAUUGCCAUGGCUGAAGCCGUGAAAGGGCUUGGGAAGGACGACCGGGAGAAGCAAGGCCUCGAAUCUUCAGUUCGUCAACUGAUCUAUAUGUGUGCGAUGGCUUUGCCAAAAGGACAAAGCUAUGCAAGUCAAAUGGUGCCAGCAACCCCCGAAGAAGAGGAGUUGGACAAACAGCGAAAUGAGCUGCAAGAAAAACUUGGCGGGAUUCAAAUUGUGGAUGGAUCUAUGGUACUCGAUGGAGAUGUCUGCAGCCUUGCCCUGUACAAUGACUGUGACCCUGGAGAUGUGAAAGAAGCAAUUUCUCUGUUGGGAUCAUUUCCACUUGCCCCAUUAGCUGUUCCAGUCACUUACACGGCUUAUCUUGAGAUUCCGAGCACGUACAUUGUGUGUCAAAAGGACCAGGCUUUGCCGGCUUGUGUGCAAGAGAGAAUUGUAGCACAGGGAAACGGUGCAUUUCAUGUUGAGCGAUGCGAUGAAGGUCAUUCACCAUUCCUGAGCAACCCAAGCUAUAUUGUGGAUUGCGUUCGAAGAGCGGCGGGCGAGAAUGGGUAUCUACUUGUUUACCCCUUUCGCAAGGACUUUACUUUCGAAAAAGGUCAAGAUUCGCUGAAGGAGUAUCAAUUCGCCACGAAAAAUGUUUGGCACCAAUUUUGUGGAGAGUGUGGGAGUAGCUGCUUCAUUCGCCUCCCAGAGAACUUUCCUCUUCUUUCGGAGGGCGCGGAUCCUGUUAUUGUCGUGAAUGUACGGAUGUUGGAUGACUUUAACUACGAAAAGUUACAGCUCAAUAAGGUUGAUGGAAGGCCCAACCAAAUUCCAGCUGAUAACGACCAAGUACCCUUCGAUGACUCGGUGGAUACUCCUCGAAGAUCCCCGAACAGUACAUCUCAAUUCACUUCUACAGACACCCAUGAUGAUUUCGUUGCGUGGCUCAAUUUUGACAUCGACGAUUACUUGGCGAGUGAUUUACACUCUACCUCUACACCCGAGCCAGCGUUGUCAGGCCCCCAAAUCCCAUCUGAGUCGCAAAAUGAUAGUAUAUCUUCUGUUUUGCCGAUUGGAUUGCAGGCAGUACAGCGUCUCCCCUUGAGGAGAGAAAUUUUACCGGGAAGCUCGCCCCGAAGCCCCAUUCAUUUAUUAAAUUCAAAAUUAGACGCCAGUAUCCUCGACGAGCGACUGAUCAGCAUAUACGAAGCGAUUCUAACUGGAUCUGCGGAACGGUUCCUGGACUGCGACACUAAUCUAUAUGCAACGGGAAUUCGUUACGAGAUAGAGAGCAGCAGGCCUGGAAGCUCGAAUGGGCCAACACCAGCCACGAAUCUAUCCCCCUCGGAUAAAGAUGAAACUAGCUCUCCUUCGCACUACUUCAAUACGUCGGACCAAUUACAGGCUCGGAUGAAACCAGGCUUCUCGGGGGGUCAGACGCACAGAGAAGGCAACGGCAUGACGAUUGUGGGAUGUGCAAAGUUCCUGGACCAUUUUGGGGAUCUUUAUGGAAAUAGACUGAGCCAAGCUUCGAAACGAAGAUCUGACACGGCCCUCAGAGCUGCACUGCGACUGUUCGCUCUGCAGUGGCUACCUAGCACUGGGUCUGAAGUCGAUCGUUGGGCUUCUCCAAGUGACGCCACCGUUGCCAGACUUCACGAGAAAAGGCCACCACGGAGUUCGCCAUGUGAGUUCUAUGCCGAUGCAUGGAAUCAAGCCCGGAUGGCCAUUGAUGAGGCAAGAUCUGUUCGGUCUUUUAGAGCUGUUUUUGCAGCCUUUAUCUUCGACGGAACCGCCAUCCCAAUCAGCGCUCGCAAUACUUCGAGUGAGACAAGUAGAGAACAUGAAAUUCUCGCUAUUGGUCUGCAGAAGUUACAUGAACUAGAUAAGCUUGUUCAGGAUUACUGCACUGCCCUAGGACCAUUCUCUCAAUACGCUGCUCUUGCAGAAGCCAGCCUCACUCUAGUGCGUUGGAGUGGAUACAUUCGUGACACCGGAGCUGCUUUGACGUCAAAUCAUCAAUGCCGACUUCCAGAUCCUCUUCGCAAUACCAAUACGUUUAAUCGUGACAACUCAGUCCCAUCAACAUUUUUCUCGGAGAGUCCGGGAGAAUUCGAUCGCAAAAUCCCUGAAAUAUGUCGAAUGAUGGCAGCGGAGGCUUUCUUUAUUUGGAGGCGGAUUGCGGAUUUAAAGAAUGACCUUCAGCGUUCCUACAAGAACCCCCAGGGUCUUGGUUCCGAAAUUCUCGAUUCUGUCAAUUCUGUGGUAAAUCUGAUUGGAACUUUCAAUGAGAAGGUCCGACCUUUCAUCGAGCGCUGCAGAGGAGCUUUCUAUGAUCUUUCUAUGCCAUCAAGAGUAUCCUGCGUCUCCCUUGUUGUACCAUGGGAUAUGGGGAUCCUUGUCCUCGCAGACUCUUUGAGACCUCAUAUUAAUUCCGUGUUCAACGACUAUGCGCAAGACUUCGGUGAAAUCAUACGACGAUAUCAGCGCGAAGCGGCUUUCUCCGUCGCACAAACAGCUAGACGGGUGCUUGAUUUGCCCAUUGAAGAGGCGUUCAAUCUUCAAAAUGGACUUGCGUCUGAAGCUCCAAUCACCGCCUAUCAUGUUACUCCAAGGAUCAUGACAACGAGUAUCGAGAAAGCCGUGGUAUACUUUGCCCGACUCCAACUUUCGAGGGGGGGCUGGAAUUGGGGAUUUUGA